CUUCAUUCUGGGUCACAGAAGAGAGAGAGAGAGAGAGAGAGAGAGAGAGAGAGAGAGAUGGCGAGAGGGAAGAUCCAGAUCAAACUGAUAGAGAACACGACGAACCGGCAGGUGACCUACUCGAAGCGGCGGAACGGGCUGUUCAAGAAGGCGAACGAGCUCACCGUCCUCUGCGACGCCAAGGUCUCCAUCAUCAUGAUCUCCAGCACCGGCAAGCUCCACGAGUACAUCAGUCCCUCCACCACAACUAAGAAGAUGUACGAUCAGUAUCAGCAGGCACUUGAGGUCGAUCUCUGGAACUCUCACUAUGAGAAGAUGCAAGAGACCCUGAGGAAGCUGAAGGAGGUGAACAAGAAGCUUCAGCUAGAGGUCAGGAGGAGGUUUGGGGAAGGAUUGAAUGGUAUGAGCUUUGAUGAACUGUGCGGUCUUGAGCAAGAUAUGGACAACGCCGUUAGUCUGAUCCGCGAACGAAAGUACAAGACGCUCAGCAAUCAAAUCGACACCGCCAGGAAGAAGAAAAAGAAUGCUGAGGAAAUAAACAAAAGUCUCCUGCAAGACUGGACUAAUCUGAUCAAGCAUAUGAGGGAGGACGACCCGCAUUUCGGAAUGGUUGACGACAGCAGGGACUACGAGGCUGUGAUCGGGUACUCGGACACCGCCGCCGCCACUCGCCUGUAUGCUCUGCGCCUGCAACCGGACCAUCCCAAUCUUGCCAGCGGAGGAGGGUCGGAGAUCACGACCUACCCUUUGCUCGAGUGAGACGAAGGUGUCGAAAAAACCCUUCGGAUGUCCUCAUAUUGUCUAAGGGCUGGUUCAAUCCGGAUUUUAGACUUUAUCCGUAUAUGAAGUUUAGGAUUUUGUUAUGUUAUCUUAUUCAGUGACUAAGUUUGCUUUUAUCAGAAGAUGUUCCUAUUAUAAAUCAGGGUAUUUUCCUCAAGGACAUCUUGUGUUCAACAGGGCUAAAAAUAUUUGCCUGAAUUAUGGUCCGUCGGUAAGAUAAAAUAACGACCGUGUUAGACUUUAUUAGAUGGAUGUGACAUCCAUAUGAUAUAUUUUCACUUGGAGCA